CAUUGAACAUUUAUUUCAUUUUAACCUUAUUCAACAAAGUGAUAUGAACUGAAUUUAAUAUUUGUCUUGCUUGCGAAAGAUUGAAGUUAAAAAGAUUUUUCCAAAUAGUUCAUGUGAUUACCACUUUCUAUUUUCAUUCAAAGCUUACCAUGAUAUAAUGAUUCGCCAGGGGAGUAUAGAUGAUAUAAAUGCCCAACAGUUCCUUAAAAUCUCAAACUAUGAAGAUACAGUUCGGCAAUUAGAUAUUUAUUAUGCUAUUGUCAAAAGGCAGUUAUUAAGGUUCCAGAGUCCUAUAACUGGAUUGUUUCCAGUACUGUCAUCAGACCUUCAUGUUGCAAGUGUCAGAGAUAGUAUUUAUUGUGCGUCUGCAGUGUGGGGGCUAUAUCAAGCAUAUAGGAGAAUUGAUGAUGACAGAGGCAAGUCUCACGAGCUAGGUCAAAGUACAGUAAAAUGUAUGCGUGGCAUACUAGAGUGCUGGAUAAAGCAGGCGGCGCGCGUGGAGGCCUUCAAGACGCGCCAGAGCGCCGCGCACGCGCUGCACGUCAAGUUCCACCUCACCACGGGCGAGCCGGUGCUCUCCGACGACCAGUACCACCACCUUCAGAUCGAUGUUGUCUCACUCUAUUUGCUAUUUCUUGUGCAAAUGAUCACAUCAGGACUGCAAAUCAUAUACACACAGGAUGAAGUAGCUUUUGUCCAGAAUUUGGUCUACUAUGUAGAGAGAGCCUAUAGAACACCAGAUUAUGGAAUGUGGGAAAGAGGCUCAAAAUACAAUGAUGGCAAACCUGAAAUUCAUGCCUCUUCAAUAGGAAUGGCAAAAGCAGCUCUUGAGGCAAUAAACGGCUGCAACUUAUUCGGCGACAAAGGCGCAUCGUGGAGCGUCGUCUACGUAGAUAUCGAUGCUCAUAAUCGUAACAGGAGUAUAUUCGAAACGAUGCUUCCACGCGAAUCUAGUUCUAAAGGAGUAGAUGCCGCCUUACUACCCACAAUAUCAUUUCCUGCUUUUGCCACACAUGAAGAACACUUAUUGCAGUUAACUAAAUCGAACCUUUUACGGCGCUUACAAGGCAAAUACGGUUUCAAAAGGUUCAGCCGCGAUGGAUAUAAAUGUGUCCUUGAAGAUCCUAAUAGAAGAUAUUAUAAUGAAGGGGAGUUGAAAGAGUUUGAUGGAGUAGAAUCUGAAUGGCCACUCUUUUACGUGAUGAUGAUCAUUGACGGCGUAUUCCGUACACUACCGGAACAAGUAGAGGAAUACCAGAAGUUGUUGAAAGCAAGAAUAUACAUGGAUGAAUAUGGAGAUCCUGUCAUACCUUGGUAUUAUUAUGUACCGCGAGAAGGUAUAGAAAACGAGCGCAGCGAACCAAAUUCCGUCCGCAGACUGCCCGCAAGCAAACCUGAUGAUAUCGACAACAAAGAUACGGGCGGUCUGUUCCUGUGGGCGCAGUCGAUGUUCGUGCUUGCUCAGCUGCUGACGGGCGGCUUGUUGCACGUCAAUGAGCUGGACCCCAUCCGCCGGUACCUGCCGUCUUACAACCGGCCGAGGCGCGCCGGACGCUACUCUGCGUUCCAGGCCAAGCCGGCGUUUGGAAUAGCCACGGACCUGGUAGUGCAAGUGGUUUUGAUCGCCGAAUCGAUGCGCUUGCAAGCGAUGAUGGGAACAUACGGCAUUCAGACACAGACGCCGCAUGAAGUUGAACCAGUACAGGUAUGCAGUUCAACGCAACUAGUCCACGUGUACCGUGAGCUGGGAGUUUGUCCGAAGUUGAAACUCACAGGACGCCCGAUCAGACCUGUCGGUUCAUUGGGAACCAGUAAGAUAUACAGGGUGUGUGGAAUGACAGUAUUAUGCUAUCCUCUGAUCUUUGAAGUUUCGGAGUUCUAUUUGUACCGAGAUAUGGCGUUGCUAAUAGAUGACAUCAAGACUGAGUUGCAAUUCGUCGGAAAGUACUGGCGGCUAUCAGGGCGGCCGACGGUAUGCCUUCUGGUACGCGAGGAGCACAUGCGCGACCCGCACUUCAAACAAAUGCUGGAUCUGUUCGCGAUGCUGAAGAAGGGCCACUGCGACGGCGUCAAGGUGCGCCUCGGCCGCCUGCAGAACCUCAUCUCCAGCUCUUGCAUGGAACACUUGGACUUCAUGAGCCAAGGCGAGUUUCCUUCCGAGAUGUUCACACAGUUCAAGCAGCUGGAGCACGAGUACAUCGGCUACCAGUCGCUCACCGAUGUCCCGCGUACGCUCACUUACAGAGAAGACACGAUUUCCUACGAAUCUUACAUGCACCGCUCGACGCCGGACGUGGUGUCCGCGUUGCGAGCCACCGACAACAUCUACGCACAGAGCCAGCUCUGGGGCAUCCUUUUGGAGCGAGAAGGGCCCAUGUACGAGGUGAACGGCACUAGCGUGCUGGAGUCUCUCAAGACACUGUACCACAGCGCGGGCGUGCUGCGGCACUGGCGCGCCGUGCGCUACUGCUCGUCGCUGCUCAACCACACCGUCGACUCCAUCAGCCCCUUCAUCACCACCGUGCUCGUCAACGGCAAGGAGCUAACAGUGGGCGUGAUCGGGCACAAGGAGACCGUAUUCGACAAGCCCAUGACGCCGGGCGAGAUCCAGUCCGUCAUGUACUCCACCAUACAGCCGUAUGACGUCAUUGGCGCUGUGCUGCAGCAGGAAAUAGUGUUGUAUUGCGGUCGUCUAAUCGGGACAAACCCGGACAUGUUCCGUGGUAUCCUCAAGAUCCGCGUGGGCUGGGUGCUAGAGGCCAUCCGCAUCUACCUGGAGCUGUUCCCCGACGAGAAGCGCGCCGACGCCACGCUCGAGAGCCUCUCGCCGUACAAGCUGCGGACGCUGCUGCAGCGAGUGCUCACUGUGUCGGACUGGGCCGAGGAUAGAGGACUGACUCCACUGCAACGAAGACAACUGGAGGGCUGCCUUUGCCGAGUGCCAAAGCAUUUCUACAUACAAGUCUGGGAUAUUUUAUUGAGGACUCCAAAGGGAAUUACUGUUCAAGGCCACUCAAUACCGGCGGAUCCGACGCUUGUGAACAUGUCACGUUCUGAGCUAUCAUUCGCGCUGCUCGUAGAAGAAGCUUUGGUCAAAGUGGCAUCGGCGCCGCGGCGGCAGUUGUGCGUGGAACUACUGUGUGUAAUGGCCACUAUUCUUCGGCGCAACCCUGAGCUCUACCUACAACAUGCCUUGGAUCUAGACCAGCUAUUGGAUGACGCUCACUUGACUUACGCUAAGGACAGCGGUCUCCCGGAGGCGAGCGAUGGUCUGAGCGCGGCGGCGCCGGCCGUGACGGUGGGGUACCUGGCGCGCGCCGUCGUCAACAGCGUGCUGCAGGCCGCCGCGCCCGACCUCACGCCGCAGGCGCAGCCCUCCUGCCUCGUGUCCUAGGCUGAAGUGUGACAGUUACUGUCUGUAACUAACUUCGCGAAGGUUUCUGACCGGUAGUUCCAGACCUUCCUGCCUCGUCUCCUAAGCUGACAGUAUGACAGUUACUCUUCUCAGGUUCCUGACCGGUAGUUCCAGGCCCUCAAGCCUAAGCUGACAGUUGAUGUUUGUAACUUCACUCUGAAGGUUCCUCAUCGUUAGUGGCCCGCCUGACUUGUCUCCUAAGCUGACAGUUACUGUUUCGCUCUGAAGGUUCGUGUCCGGUAGUUCUGAUAUCUUACUGCGCAGCCCUCCUACCUCGUAUCCCAGGCCGAGACUGCUAGUGACUUCGCUGGUUCCUAACCUUAGAUUCGCUUUGGAGUAGAGAUUUCUGACCCGUAGUUCUAAGACGUCGCUGCGCAGUCUUCCUGCCUCGUCUAUACUUUUUUUAGGUAGUCCUACUUAUGCACUCGUUAUGCCUGUAGAUAUUGUAGCUACUUUCUGGAGCAGGAAAUAUCUUCCGACAUUCUAAAAUAACUAGCUACAAUAAAAGUAGAGAUAGCAAAGCUAGUCAAAUUUAGUGAUUUUUCAGUAUAAAUAUUCUUGGACAUUAUACUCUGCGCCUUCCAGUCCCAAACUAAAGAAAACUUGUUAUGUUCAUGUACACAAAUGUUUGUAUUGUGCGGAAAUCGACACCGCGACAUCUGGCAUAUUAGCCCGGUACGUGAAUCACUAACUGGUUGUAUCUCUCACAAGUGCCAUACACAGCUGCCCCCUUUUCUAUCUACCACUUUUUCGUAUUAUCUGUGCUAACAACUGCUUUCAAAGAAGUGGCAGGCAACUAAUACAAGCAAUAAUAUGCACCAUUUCCUCAAAUAAAAAAAUCGACUUAGGAUCAAUUUCUUUCAAAUUACCUAAU